GUAUGCGUCUCAAAGGUUGGUGAUCAACUAAAGUUCCCACUAAAUCUAAAAAAAGCAAGAAGACAGGUGAGACAGUUUUUCAGAUUUUAAAAUGUUGGCGGCUGGAUAGCUCAGUUGGUAAAGUGCAGAACCAGCACACGUGGUUGCUUAAUGAUCUUUAUCCAGUGUGGACCCUUCACACUACCCCAUAAAACACAGGGUUGUGUCAGGAAGGAUAAAACUCUGCCAAACCACAAUCCCCGACAGGAUGAGCCAAAAUGUGACAAAAGUGCCUAAUUUUAAAAAUAUAUUCUUUUUUAUUUUUUAAAUCUCAUGUUGGAGGUUUUUUUUGUUGUUGUUGUUAGACAGCAGCUGUCAAGCAUGGAGGCAGUGCAGUGAUGAUAUGGGCUUUCUUUGAAGCCACUGGACCAGACCAACUUGCAUUUUACUGAGCCAACGGUGAACUCAUCUGUAUACCAAAGCCUUGUUGACUCAAACACGAAGCCAUCUGUCUGUCAGCUAAAGCUCGACUGAAAUUGGGUCAUAUAACAAGACAAUGAUCCCGGCGCACCGUAUCUACAGGAGAAAGCCUAAUAAAGACGAGUCCAAACGUUGCAGUGAACCUGAUCAACUUUCAUCCUGACUGAGUUUCAGUGGAAAAGAGCUCACAGAUGAAGUGGAGCGGCGUUGAUUAUGACUAAAACUCAAUAAAUCCACUCUAAACUCCAAAUGAUGGCGCUUUGAUGUACCUUUUCGGUUGUGAUAAUCUGCUUUGGCUCUCCAGUUAAAGAAGUCUGUCAGCCUGGAGGAGGAGGAGGAGGAGGAUGGGGAGGGGAUGUGGGCUUUCACGCGGGGGGCAUCGGAAGAGCUGCAGCAGUGACACAGGAGGGGGGUACCCGAGGUAGAGCGCGCAAUAAGCCCGCCGGGAGCAACGUCACUCCCCUUGACAUAUUAACCGCUGCCCACUGCGAGCGCACGGCGCAGCACCACAGCGCGCGCGUCUGGAUCUCCUCCAUCAGCCCCGGCACGAAAUGCGUUGCGAACCGAACAGCACGAACCUCCCCGAUUCCGUGCGACUCGGCGAGGAGGCACUGAAACGCACGGGCACCCAAGCGGGCUGAAGGAGUCCAAAGCGGGCGGCCGGGCGGGUCAGUGGACGGAGGGAAAAGUGCGCCGCGCUGCGCGUCGAGCAUGCUCAAGGAAGCGCCACAAAGAGACAACAUUCGCAACUUCGGGAUUUACUUGUAAAGGCGCUUUUACUGGAGAUCUGGGAAUAAUCUGAAAAUAAUCAUGCCUGUAAGAAGAGGUCACGUUGCGCCACAAAACACGUUCCUUGGAUUAAUUAUUCGGAAAUUCGAGGGUCAAAACCGAAAAUUUGUAAUAGCCAACGCCAGGGUGGAAAACUGUGCUAUUAUCUACUGCAACGAUGGCUUCUGUGAGAUGACAGGCUUCUCCAGGCCAGAUAUCAUGCAGAGGCCCUGCACCUGCGACUUCCUUCAUGGAGACCUGACAGACAAGGAUGCCAUCAAGCAGGUGUCUCAGGCUGUGCUUGGGUCUGAGGAGCGCAAGGUGGAGAUCACCUACCACCGGAAGGACGGGUCUGACUUUCAGUGCAGCACUCACAUAAUCCCGGUCAAGAACGAGGAAGGCGUGGUGAUGAUGUUUAUCCUGAACUUCGAACACGUCGUGGACGAGGGAAGUGACAACUCAACCGAGAACAUAAGCCCCACAUCCCCAACAAGGUCAGAUCUAAGAAGAAGUAGAUUCUUCCGCUUCCGUCAGGCUGCUUUGAGCUUAAUGAACACCAACAAGCAAUCCCUUCCGCAAGAAGACCCCGACGCUGUGAUGGUGGACUCUCCCAAAGAGGAUGAGGACUCGGUGGCUUUGGACAGCUUCCCCUCACCCACGAAGAGCGUUUGCAGUCCCACCGAGGUCAAUGACACACGCGCCCUCAUAAGCUCCAGUCACCACUGCUCCCAGACCAGCAUCGGCCCCGAACCGCUUGAUCAUUCCUCUCUGAAACUCCCCUGGGAGAAGCUGUACCAGACGGAGUCACACCAGUCCUCCACAUCCCUGUCAAACACCUUUCCCAGAGGAAGCACCAGCAGCAUGAGGAGAGCCUCAUCCAUCCAUGAAAUUGAAGGUUAUAGCUCCAACUCCAAAAGUGUAUUUGGAGAUCGGCAAACAGGCGAAGGCCCGUUCAACCAUGUGAAGUCCAGCUUGCUUGGCUCUACCUCCGAUUCGAACAUUAACAAGUACAGCACCAUCAACAAGAUUCCACUGAUUGCACUCAACUUCUCCGAGGUGACCGACAAAAAGACUCAUUCUCCUCAGACGUCUGAGAAGGCCAUUAUAGCCCCAAAGGUCAAAGACAGAACGCACAACGUCACAGAAAAGGUCACGCAGGUCCUCUCUCUUGGAGCCGACGUGCUGCCGGAGUACAAACUCCAGACUCCUCGCAUCGAUAAGUUCACCAUCCUCCACUACAGCCCCUUCAAAGCCGUCUGGGAUUGGCUGAUCCUGCUGCUGGUCAUCUACACGGCCAUCCUCACGCCAUACUCUGCUGCAUUUCUCCUGAACGACCAGGAGGAGCAGAAGAGGCGCGAAUGCGGAUACUCCUGCAGCCCUCUUAACGUCGUAGAUUUAAUGGUGGACAUCAUGUUUAUUAUUGACAUCCUCAUAAACUUCAGGACCACUUAUGUCAACCAGAAUGAGGAGGUGGUCAGCCACCCAGCUAAGAUAGCCAUCCAUUAUUUUAAAGGGUGGUUCCUCAUAGACAUGGUGGCCGCAAUCCCAUUUGACCUUCUGAUCUUUGGCUCCGGAUCAGACGAGACAACCACACUGAUUGGUCUCCUGAAGACGGCGCGGCUCCUGCGAUUGGUCCGCGUGGCGAGGAAGCUGGACCGCUACUCUGAGUACGGAGCUGCGGUGCUGAUGCUGCUCAUGUGCAUCUUUGCUUUGAUUGCCCACUGGUUGGCCUGUAUCUGGUAUGCCAUCGGUAAUGUGGAGAAGCCAUACUUGGAGCACAAGAUUGGCUGGCUAGACAACCUGGGUGUGUCCAUAGGAAAAAGAUACAACUACAGUGAUCCUAACUCAGGUCCCUCCAUCAAGGACAAGUACGUGACAGCUCUUUACUUCACCUUCAGCAGCCUGACAAGCGUCGGCUUUGGAAAUGUUUCCCCAAACACCAACUCAGAGAAGAUCUUCUCCAUAUGCGUCAUGCUAAUUGGCUCCCUCAUGUAUGCCAGUAUUUUUGGAAACGUCUCUGCAAUCAUUCAGAGAUUGUACUCAGGGACGGCCCGCUAUCACGCUCAAAUGUUACGGGUCAAGGAGUUCAUCCGCUUUCAUCAGAUCCCCAACCCUCUGAGGCAGCGGCUGGAGGAGUACUUUCAGCACUCGUGGACCUACACGAACGGCAUUGAUAUGAACACGGUGUUAAAAGGUUUUCCUGAGUGUCUGCAGGCAGAUAUUUGCCUUCACCUCAACAGAAAGCUGCUUCACGACUGCAAAGCUUUCCAAGGAGCCACCAAGGGCUGUUUGAGGGCUCUGGCUAUGCGCUUCAGAACCACUCAUGCACCUCCUGGAGACACGCUGGUCCACAGCGGCGAUGUUCUGACUGCUCUCUACUUCCUGUCUCGCGGCUCCAUUGAGAUCUUGAAAGAUGACAUCGUUGUGGCCAUCUUAGGAAAAAAUGACAUUUUUGGAGAAAUGAUCCAUCUUUAUGCCAAGCCGGGGAAGUCGAACGCCGACGUGCGAGCUCUGAGUUACUGUGACCUUUGCACCAUUCAGAGGGAGGAGCUUCUGGAGGUGCUGGACAUGUACCCAGAAUUUGCAGACUAUUUCUUCAACAACCUGGAGCUGACGUUCAACCUUAGAGAUGAACCGACAAAGCCCUGUGAUGAUGAAGGAUGUGAUCCAGAUGGCGAGGCCAAUAAACCCAUAAAAAGAAGAAUCUCUUUCACGCCAGGUUUACCCAAAGAAAUGGAGGAAGGUGAUCCAAAGAGAAGAAGUUCUAGCUCAUGUUUAAAGAGAAGUUCGGUGGUCCUGGGUUCUUCAUCACUCAGUGUUCCAGCCCUGGACUCGGAGCUGACUCAAAAAGAUGGCUUGGAGAUAACACCAUCUGUUGAAGAUCUGCAGAGUGAUAAAUGGGCCUGCAAGAAACCUGCAGACUACCUGGAUGAGUCGGCUCCCAAUUGAUAUCAGAUAUCCAGUCCAUCCUGCAGAUGCUGCAGAGACAGUCGACUCCGGGACCCCCCGCCUACAGCACUGUGACUGCCAGUCUGGACUAUCACAGACCUGCUGUGAAGGUUCAACCAGCUGUUCAGACGACAAGCAGCUUUUUCAGCCAUACAGCAACUCAAGGCCCCAGCCACAAACUGGAGAGCAUAAUUCAGGAAUCCAAAGACUCUGUGUGCGGCUCCGCCAUCGUGAGCGCACCCCCUGAUGGCAGCCUUGCAGCACUUUUUGAGCAGAGACAAACAGAUCCGCAGCAGCAGACGGCGUUGAUCCCCCUUCCAACUGAAAGCUCUUCUUCCUUCUUUUGCUCUGCGGCACCCUCCGACCCCGACCACAGCCUCCCCGGCACGCAGAGGCCGCCGUCAGAGCCAGAGUUUCCACGGUUGUAGUCCAUUCAAUAGCGCCUUCCUCUAACUCUGAGGUUACUAUGCUGUUAUUUUUGAGUAGCACUUUCUUAAUAUGUAUGAGCAUGCUGGUACAGCCAUCUGUAUUGCCUGUUUAAAGUGGCUUUGUUAUGGACUAGAGUUCUUCUUCUGGUGUACAUGUAAAGAAAACUGAGUUUAAGGGGAGGUAAACAGCUGCAGCCGACUGCGUACCUUAUCAGUGUUCAACCAAGAUCCACUUUCAUCAUCAAUUGUUAUUACUACUGUAUGUGCAUGGAGAUACUCAUAUGCUUUUAUGAGAACAUUACCUAAAUUCAGGGAUGCUGGUAACAGGGCUUCACUUUGGAUUUGUCAAACAUAUAACUGACGUUCUGCGUCAACCGUUCAUCUAUUUGUCUGUUUGUUCUUAAUAUAACAAAGAUGCAGCUUUUUAUGUCUUCACACUGGAGACAGCCUGUCCUAAAGUCAGAUUUUCUCACUUUAUUCAGAAAAAAAAAAAACUCUGACAAUCAGAAAGACGAGCCUCCGCUCUCCCUUCUCUGAAAAAGACGAGCUGCAUGCAGCUACCUCGCACAGUGAGCACCAGCUUUUCCAUCAGCCGAGAAGACUGGCCGCUUUCAUCCGGGAUCGGUUUUCCUGUAGAACACGUGGGAUUGGCUGAAAACAGUUGGAGACGUACUUUACCGAAAUAUGAUCCCGAGUUGGCUGACUCCCCCAGCACACAAUUAACAGCAUAAUUGUCAUCUGUCCAGGAAGAUAUAAAAAAAGAUUUCUUGCAUUCGGGACGCUUAGCAGUGACGCCCGACCCAUCUGACAGAUUAAAAAAAAGGUGUGAGAGGCGGGAGAUUAACACGACAACCUUAUUUGAGGACAAAAUCUGGAAAAAGAAAACUAUUAUUACCAGCUAGUCAGCAGUUGGGCUCUUUUGUUGAGAAAGAAAAAGAAAGCAUCAGCAGGAAAUCAUAAAUAUAGGUUACCUAUAUAAAACCAGGUGCUGGUGGAACAAAACCGAGAGGGAUUUUACUCACUUCUAAGAUUAUUCGCUUUAUCGCUGUCAAAGAGUUGAUCACUGUUGAAGAUCGGAGGCAAGAAACGAUGGAAAAUUUCAGAUCCUGAGCGCUGAAUGGUGACAGUCUAUCACCGUUUUCAAGGUCUCCUGGCAAGCCAGCGAGCACAGAUGGUUGUUCCAGCUGCUGACCUGAGCAGCCUGAGACAACGGAACAAAGAUGCGAGCCAAAAAGUAGGGCCCUGCUCUGCUUUGUGUCCUCGUUGCCAUCAGCUGAGUUAUGAGAACCUGACUUUUUUACAACAGGAAAAUAACCACAGACAUUUUUCUUCCAGCUUAUGUAACUGCUGCAAAGCAAGCAAGCAAGUGAAACUUUGGGAACCGUAAAUUAGCUGCUCUGCUCAGAGACGUAACUGAUGCUCGAGUGCAUUAAAAGCGUAGGUUACACGUACAUAAGAUUUUGACAAGUUUGCUUGCCUGUCUUCUCUGAAGUGUGACUCAGGGUUUAUGGACAAUUGCACUGCAAUACACAACCACAAUAUCAGUAUCGUAAUUGUCUUUCCAUGAUGUGCAUUACUACUUCAAUCCCUGAUGUCCAUCUACUGUACAGCAUUAACCAUACACAAUGUACAUGCUUGUUUGUGCAAAUGCAACGUGCAGAUUGCAGGACUUCUGCAGUCUGACCUCCGACCUUUUUCUCUAAUAUAUGAACAGGAGGCAGACGACAUGCUUGUGUGUAAAUAUGCAUCUAAAACUGUUGAGAUAUGCGAUUUACUUUUUUUACUGUAAUAAUUUAUUUUGUUUUGCUUAAAUGAUCUAAAAUGUGAUUAUUUAUCUGAUAAUUUAUUGUUUUUUCUCUGCAUUCAAGGGAAACUGUUUAACUGAUGACCAAAACUACUAUAUCCAGCUCAACCAAGCCCUCAAAAAUAAAGAAACUCUAGAAUUAUCCCACUUUUUAAUGUUUAAAUGAGCAAUUCUAACAGUUUGAACUAAUUUGGCCUCAUAAAUAGUAUCAUUUGACUAAGUAAUGUAAAACAUCAUGUAAUAAUUUAAGUAUAUUUAUACUGUCUAUGAAUCCCGUGUAUUAAAGGAUGGUACGUGAUCUCUGUUAAUAAAGAUGAGAGAAUAAAUUAUGCAUUUUUAAAAUGUAAAAAGGAUUUCCCUAUAAACUUUCAGAGUGGUGUACAUAAAGGGUAAAACAUGGUUUAAUGACUGUAAAUACAUCUCAAUGCAAGAUGUAAACACUCUUCUUCUUAUUCUUUUUUUUUUUUU